AACCCUGCGGGCAACGCUGUGGAGCCGUUUCCCGGCCUCUGGACGCGACGCCGCGCCUCUCCGAGGCCAGGGGAGGAAAAGAGUUUGCAGAGGUGCGGCCGCAGGCCACCGUUGUCCGCGCUGGCGGGGCCCGCGGAGAAGGCCGUGGAGGUAUUACCUCAUUUGGAAAGCCUGGGGAAACAAGAAAAAAACACUAAGAAAAUGUCAACUUUUCGAAAUCAUUGUCCACAUUUGGAUUCUGUUGGUGAAAUAACGAAAGAAGAUUUGAUACAAAAAUCUCAUGGUACUUGUCAGGAUUGUAAGGUCAGAGGACCAAAUCUUUGGGCAUGCCUAGAGAAUAAGUGUUCAUAUGUCGGCUGUGGUGAAUCGCAAGUAGAUCAUAGCACCAUACAUUCUCAGGAGACAAAGCAUUUUCUAACUGUGAACCUUACCACUCUUCGAGUAUGGUGUUAUGCUUGCAGCAAAGAAGUGUUUUUGGAUAGGAAAUUAGGAACUCAGCCUUCAUUGCCUCAUGUAAGACAACCUCACCAAAUACAAGAAAACAGUGUCCAGGAUUUUAAAAUACCUAGUAAUACAACAUUAAAAACUCCUCUGGUUGCUGUAUUUGAUGAUCUGGAUAUAGAAGUGGAAGAAGAAGAUGAACUUAAGGCAAGAGGCCUUACAGGUUUGAAAAAUAUUGGGAAUACUUGUUAUAUGAAUGCAGCUUUGCAGGCUCUUUCUAAUUGGCCAGGAUCUGUUGUACCUACUAAUCUGUUUCAAGGAAUUAAAACUGUAAAUCCAACAUUUCGGGGAUAUUCUCAGCAGGAUGCUCAAGAAUUCCUUCGAUGUUUGAUGGAUCUGCUUCAUGAAGAAUUGAAAGAACAGGUCAUGGAAGUAGAGGAAGAUCCUCAAACCAUAACCACUGAGGAGACCAUGGAAGAAGACAAGAGCCAGUCAGAUGUAGAUUUUCAGUCCUGUGAAUCUUGUAGCAGCAGUGAUAAAGCAGAGAAUGAAAAUAGCUCUAGAGGCUUUUCUGAAGAUAAUAAUGAAACAACAAUGUUAAUUCAGGAUGAUGAAAACAAUUCAGAAAUGUCAAAAGAUUGGCAAAAAGAGAAGAUAUGCAAUAAAAUUAAUAAAGUAAAUUCUGAAGGAGAAUUAGAAAAAGAUAGAGACUCUGUGUCUGAAAUAGUCGACUUGAACAACCAGGAAACUGUCAAAGUGCAAAUUCACAGCAGAGCUUCAGCUCAAUCUCCAUCUCCAAAGAGAAAAAAACAGCACAAGAAAUACAGAAGUGUUAUUUCAGACAUAUUUGAUGGAACAAUCAUUAGUUCAGUGCAGUGUCUGACUUGUGACAGGGUGUCUGUAACCCUCGAGACCUUUCAAGAUCUCUCCUUGCCAAUUCCUGGCAAGGAAGACCUUGCUAAGCUGCAUUCAUCGAGUCAUCCAACUUCUAUAGUCAAAGCAGGAUCAUGUGGUGAAGCAUAUGCUCCACAAGGGUGGAUAGCUUUUUUCGUGGAAUAUGUGAAGAGCUGGUUUUGGGGUCCAGUAGUAACGUUGCAAGAUUGUCUUGCUGCCUUCUUCGCCAGGGAUGAACUAAAAGGUGAUAAUAUGUACAGUUGUGAAAAAUGCAAAAAGUUGAGGAAUGGAGUAAAGUUUUGUAAAGUACAAAAGUUUCCUGAGAUUCUAUGCAUCCACCUUAAAAGAUUCAGACAUGAACUAAUGUUUUCCACCAAAAUCAGUACGCACGUUUCAUUUCCAUUAGAAGGCCUGGAUCUUCAGCCAUUUCUUGCUAAGGAUAGUCCAGCUCAAAUUGUGACAUAUGAUCUUCUGUCAGUCAUUUGUCAUCAUGGAACUGCAAGUAGUGGACACUAUAUAGCCUACUGCCGAAACAAUUUAAAUAAUCUCUGGUAUGAAUUUGAUGAUCAGAGUGUAACUGAAGUUUCAGAAUCUACUGUACAAAAUGCGGAAGCUUAUGUUCUCUUCUAUAGGAAGAGCAGUGAAGAGGCACAAAAAGAGAGGCGAAGGAUAUCAAAUUUGUUGAACAUAAUGGAACCAAGCCUCCUUCAGUUUUACAUUUCUCGACAGUGGCUAAAUAAAUUUAAGACUUUUGCUGAACCUGGCCCUAUUUCAAAUAAUGACUUUCUCUGUAUUCAUGGAGGUGUUCCUCCACGAAAAGCUGGUUAUAUUGAAGACCUGGUUCUGAUGCUUCCUCAGAACAUUUGGGAUAAUCUAUAUAGCAGGUAUGGAGGAGGACCAGCUGUCAACCAUCUGUAUAUUUGUCAUACUUGCCAAAUCGAGGCAGAGAAAAUUGAGAAAAGAAGAAAAACUGAAUUGGAAAUUUUUAUUCGGCUCAACAGAGCAUUCCAAGAGGAGGACUCUCCAGCUACUUUUUAUUGCAUCAGUAUGCAGUGGUUUAGAGAAUGGGAAAGUUUUGUGAAGGGUAAAGAUGGAGAUCCUCCAGGACCCAUUGACAACACUAAAAUUGCAGUCACUAAAUGUGGUAAUGUGAUGCUAAGGCAAGGAGCAGAUUCUGGCCAAAUUUCUGAAGAAACGUGGAAUUUUCUGCAGUCUAUAUAUGGUGGAGGGCCUGAAGUUAUCCUCCGACCUCCAGUUGUUCAUGUUGAUCCUGAUGUACUGCAAGCAGAAGAAAAAAUUGAAGUAGAAACUCGGUCUUUGUAAUAUUGAAGAUACAGAGAGUUCUAAUGAGAAAUAAUUUUCACUUCCCUGACAUAUAUACAUGCAAAAACAUUCCUACAAGCAUGUUUAUUUUCUUGAUUUUUCAUCUUUUAUCCCAUUUAUUCCUUUGUACUGGGCAUUAUGAAAGAAUAUGUUAAAACGUGUAAUAUACUACAGGUUGGUAUAUUCAUUGCUAACUAACUUACCAUAAAGUCUUACAGUGUAAUAUUUUUGAAAGAGAAGGGACAGUUGUGAUCAAUUGGUAAUCAGUAGGUUAUCUUUGAUCUUUGUAUUACAUGCAGAUUUAUAGUAUCCUUUGUAGUGUUGUAAAUACUUUUGCUUUGAAAACUUUUUCAUUACCCUAGACUACCAUAACUGACCAAUCUUUUCAUUUCUCCAAAAACCUAAUUCAAUUGUACAGUUUUGACAUGGCUUCGUAUACUAAAGAGCCUAUUUUAAAUUGAGAGUAGUAGAAAAUUGUUGUCAAUUUCCUAAAGCUCAGGAAACAUUAGUGUGUUACUUCUUUUGCACUGCAGUAGAUAAACUAGCAUAUUAAAAUUUACAAAAUGUCUUUUUUGAAUGAAUCAAGGAUGUAUUUAGUUUGAGUGGAAUUUAUCAGCAGAUCUUAGUAACUUAUUGCUGCUUAUAUUAUAAAAUGUUAAAAUUCAGUUUCUAUAACCCUGAAUAGUAUUCAUUAAUGGCAGUAACUUAAAAACUUAGAAUUAGUUUCAGGGCACUUUCUAUUUUGAGAGCAUGAAGUGUGGAAUGUGUCAGUGAGAUUGUUGAUAAAGCUGAAGCCACUUGCAAAAUAACUUAAAAUGCAUAAAGUCUUUUUGAAUAAUAUGGUAUGCACUGCUCUUUGCUUGAUUAUGUAAUGUUAAAAGUUUAACUAUAUUCCAGGUACAAAAACAUAACAGAUUACAUUGAGGAUAUUGAAUAACAUUCAUGAUGGCUUUGUUUUUGUUAGGGGACGAUGUCACUAGCUAAAGCAAUGUUGUUAAAAUUAGCCCAAUAAAAAUGAUUUUAAAAUGUAUAA